AUGUUGCAUCCACCAAGCAUGUCAGAAGUAACUAACACCACUCAUAAUCCUUUCUACUUUAUCCUCACGGGCAUCCCUGGAUUUGAGGCUCUCCAUCUCUGGAUCUCUAUCCCCUUCUUCUGCCUCUAUACCAUCUCCAUUAUGGAAAACACCACCAUCCUCACUGUCAUCCGCACAGAGCCAUCUCUCCACCAGCCCAUGUACCUCUUCCUCUCCAUGCUGGCCCUCACUGACCUGGGUCUCACUCUUAUUACGCUGCCCACUGUCAUGCAGCUCCUCUGGUUCAACAUUCGGGAAAUCAGCUUUGAGGCCUGGUUUGCCCAGUUCUUCUUCCUCCAUGGCUUCUCCUUUAUGGAAUCAUCCGUUCUAUUGGCCAUGUCCUUUGACCGUUAUGUGGCCAUCUUCCGCCCACUCCAUUAUGCCUCUAUCCUCACCAAUGAGGUCACUGGUAGAAUUGGGUUGACCAUCAUUUGCCGCUGUGUUUUAGCUGUUCUUCCCUCCCUUUUCCUACUCAAGCACCUGCCGUUCUGCCAUUCCCGCCUUCUUUCUCACUCCUACUGCCUUCACCAGGAUAUGAUUCAGCUGUUCUGUGCUGACAUCAGGGUCAACAGCUGGUAUGGAUUUGCUCUGGUCCUGCUCAUUAUUGUAUUAGACCCUCUGCUCAUUAUACUCUCCUAUGUACUCAUCCUGAAAAGCAUCUUGAACACAGCCACUUGGACUGAGCGACUCCGGGCUCUCAACCACUGUGUGUCUCAUAUGCUGGCUGUUCUUGUUCUCUAUGUCCCCAUGGUUGGUGUGUCUAUGACUCACCGCUUUGCCAACCAUGCCUCUGCAUUGGUCCAUGUUCUCAUGGCCAAUAUCUACUUAUUGGCACCUCCUGUGAUGAACCCCAUCAUUUACAGAGCAAAAUCCAAGCAGAUCUGCCAGGGAAUCACUCGCCUCCUCUUGCAGAGAAAAGCACACUGA